CAUUGUUCACGCCGGGCGAGAGGCCGCCAUGUUGAAGAUCGCGUCUCUCCGCCGUUGAUCGUUGGUUCCGCCCGCUCCGCGCAAUCCGCACCCAUCGGCCGCGUCCCGCCGCCUCCCGUCGUCCAUUUCCUCUUCGCAUCCAACGCCGAGAGUCCCGCGAGGCGAUCGCCGCCGUCAUUUUGCUCCGAUCACCCCGCUAGGAGCGGGUAUUUGAGACUCUUCGCUCGCUCCGCCGCUCAAGGGAAAAACCCGGCCGUCGCCGUCAUGGCGUGCGGUGCCACCCUCAAACGGCAGCUGGACUUCGAGCCGCUGCUCAGCCCUUCGUCGCAGUCGCCGAAGCGGCGGCGCUGCACGCCGCUGGCGCCGCCGUCGCCCACCUCAUCGGGCAAAUACCUGCAGGCCGAGCCGACGCCAUCGCUUGCCGAGAGCCACAACUACCACCUCCACUCCCCCGCUGCCGCUGCCCGCCUCACCCCGGAGCAAGUGUUGGCCAACCUGAAGCAGGAGUACUCGCGCAUGCAGCGGCGCCUGCAAGUGGACGGGCCACCCGAUGCACACGCUGGAGACAGCGCCUCCAUGCAGAGCGGCCCCGCCUCUCCCACGAGCGUUAGUGGAGACGGUGGACGACGUGAGCAGCCUCUGUUCACGCUGCGCCAGGUGGGGCUCAUCUGCGAUGGGCUGCUGCGCGAGCGGGAGGUGCACAUCCGCCAGGAGUACGACCAGAUAUUGUCCACCAAGCUCGCAGAGCAAUACGAGGGGUUUGUGAAGUUCACCCAGGACCAGAUUAUGCGGAAGUAUGGCGAACGACCAGCCAGCUAUGUAUCCUGAAGAUGCCAGGCUGCAGUUGUCCUGUUGUUCUGCUGCAAGUCGAGAUGCCUGACUUGUGUAGAGGCCCACCCAAACAGUCAAAACAGUGCAAAGGGAUCAGUGCGUAACACUGCGUUGUGGAAGCUGACCCUGCCUUCAUCAGAACUAGCAAAAGUUUCCGUGAUAUUGCUGUUCAUAAGAAUUGUAACUAACACUGACUUCCGAGCUUUACUUUUCCUUUUGGUCGAUAGCUGUUAUUAUUUUUUUCAAUUGGGGAAUGCAGGCAAGAUGUUUUGCAAACAGACAUUAAGUGCGAAGAUGGUUUGUGGAGCAAGUGUUAACUAUUUGUAUUGGAAUAGCAGGGUUGAGAAAUGUGGGUAAUCAAAGAUUCUCACGAAGUAAAGGGUUUACAAGUAAUGUGUGAAUGGGAUACAAGGCGCCUUGGAGUUGUGGUUUGUAAAUACAGCCAGGGAAAGCAUAAAGGGUGGAUUUCAUCACAGGCCUUUAGAUACAUCUUACCCAGCCUUGAUUUCGAAUUCUAGCAAUCAGCAGGUUUUCACAAGGAAAACUACGUGUUAGAAGUUUUCUGUCAUGGAAAUCUGGGAUGGGUAUUGGUCCCAGUGUACUUUGUUUGAAAACUGGUCUAUCGGAAGUAAAUGGUGUUUGCAAUAUGAAAGAAUUCAGGGUUGGAGAGAAAAAUGUGCAUUUUAUGCCUGUUGCUUUUCAAUUGCACCCUUUAAAGGACCUUGAUGUGAAUUUGCAAGCAAAUUAAUUAUCAAUAUUAGAUGUAGUUAUAACAUUGGGGUCAUGUAUACAACUACACCCUAAUGGCCAGUUAAAUGAAGUGACAUUUCCAAAUGUCUCUGGCUUGGAGUUGCCCUGGUUGGUGCUUUAUUGACUUCAUGAAAGUCGCAUGAUCUUUGUGCCUGCUCCAGGUACAGGACCCAGACUUGUUAAUUUGGCUGGUGGGGUUUGAGUUUUGUUGACUUGGAGAACACGUUCAAAUUUUGCCAAACCGCCUUACCCACACAAGUGCAGCCUCGCCAACUAAAAUGUAUAACCUAAAUGACCGUGUUUGACACUUCCCAACAUGACUGGUAUUAACGUUCACUUGCAAACGCAUGGCACAAUUUGAUUACUUACUAUUGCAAGCAUAUUGAUUUCUCUCACACUUGCUGUGCAUUGUAUAAAUCUUAGAGCUGCUGUCAAUUGCUUAGCAUGUACAGACAUUGCUUUAAGAUGUUGCACUGACUGCGUUGCCUGUUCUUUUUAACGUAUGAGGUUUGGGAACUUCUUUGCUGUUUUUCUUUUUGUUUGUUGUGUUGACUGACUCGUUUUAUUUCUUGGGUUCUAGACCCGUAGAUUUAGUAUUGUUUGAGACAAUUCCAGUAAAUGUUAGUACAAAACAACUAGUGCACCUGUAACAAUGCCUUUGUACUGUACAUAGGACUGCCAGUUAAUGUGCGCAUAUGAAACAUACCGUAAUAAAGUUACCUUACACCAUC